UUGGAAGCUACAAGCAGCUAACGCUCACGGCAUGGGAGCCCCCAGAUGGGACUAGAUCCACGCUCCUGCGCUCCUUAUGGGGUUGAAGGUAGACUCAUGUUACCUACUACCUAAGUUUUCUGUGGCUGAUAUUAUGGUGUGCGGAUAUGGUCCGGUACCAGGCAUCGUGUGCAAACUUUCACUUCUGAUCCAGCCCAAGACACACUAGCAGGAGCAAACCCAGACACCACGCUGUGGAACGGACUCUCAAUCACCCUGCAGUCUAGGCACUGGGAAGUUACUAUGCAGCUUGGACUGUUUCUGGUGGUGGUUUUUCUAAGCUUGAUGGAUCUGACAGGCAGCAGCAAGGUGGUGAAGGGCAAGAGGCAAAGACGAAGCACCCAAAGGACAGGGGAGGACCUGCUGGCUCAGGUCAGUGCCGAGGUGAGUCACGGCUGUGCGAAAGGUUGUGACCUGUGUUCUGAGUUCAACGGGUGCCUGAAAUGUUCCCCCAAACUCUUCAUACUGCUGGAGAGGAAUGACAUCCGACAGAUCGGGAUCUGCCUGCCAUCCUGUCCGCUGGGGUACUUUGGUGUUCGCAAUCCAGACAUGAACAAGUGCAUCAAAUGCAAAAUUGAGAACUGUGAGGCCUGUUUCAGCCGAAACUUUUGCACAAAAUGUAAGGAAGAUUUGUACUUGCACAAAGGGAGAUGUUAUUCCACCUGCCCAGAAGGCUACUCUGCUGCCAGUGGCACUAUGGAGUGCAGCAGUCCUGCACAAUGUGAACUGAGCGAGUGGGGCCCCUGGGGCCCGUGCGCCAAGAAAAGGAAGCUGUGUGGCUUCAAGAAAGGCAACGAAGAGAGAUCGCGGAAGGUUCUGCAGGCUCCCUCUGGAGAUGUGUCCGUGUGUCCUGCCACCACAGAGCUCCGGAGAUGCACCGUGCAGAAGAACCAGUGCCCUGAAGGAAAAAGGAAGAGAAAGGACGAGCAAGAAAAGCAAGAUAACACGAAUGGAAACAGAAACCAGAAAGACACCAAAGAUGCCAGAUCUGGCACCAAGAAAAGGAAAGGCCAGCAGAGAGGGACUGUGGUCCCCAUGACUCCUGCUAGCCCUGCUCAAUAGCUGCCCCUUUACAGUCACACGAUGGCAAGAGUUCAUUGCUGCUAUGUAUAUGAAAGCUUUAUUGAACCGGAGCACUGCUACACAACAUACACAAUCAGAAAGAUAGAGGGACAGACACAGAAACUAUACACACACACAUACAGACUGACAGAGACCACACACGUACGCAACAUAGACUGCAAAACGCAAACUUCAAAGAAGAGGAGUAAGAAAAUAUAAGAGAUGAAGCUUAAAUGCCAAGGACUUUACAAUGGGAAGCUGGGGAGAAAGUGUGAACCAGAGAGGAGGGCAGUGAUGCAGAUAUUCUUGAGCAAAUGUCUCAGAUAGAAGUCAGCCAUGUAAACCCCAGCAUAACGCAGCUUCAGCCAGAGACUAGAACUGAUUUGCUACUAUUCCAAAUCAAAGGAUCUGGAAUCGCGCAAAGGCAGUGGCCUGUUUCUAUUCCCCCUUCCUUUAUUUUGUGUUUUAAGCUGUAAGAGAAUAUAUGUUAAACCUUUGUGAGAAGAGAUCAGAGAUGUCUACCCUGAAAUGGCUUCAAAAAUUUAUUUCAAAUUAAAAAAAAAUCCAACAAAAUGACAACUAAAUUUCCGAGCGUGUGGUUCAUGGCUCAGCCCCCGCGAAGGCUGGUGGCCCGUGGGGCAGGGCCUCGCUUGCAGAAGGAAAACUCAUAAGAGCUUUAAGAAAAUCUCAGAAAAUGUUGCCAGCUGCAUCCUAGCCACAAAUCAGUCGUCAUUCACUUUCACAAUCCCUGUCUGUGUUCAGUAAGCCCUGUCAGGAAUUUCCCAUCAUGCAGCAAGCUGAGAAAAUUAGACGUUACAGCAAACCACCGGUUGUUUGACACUGCGAUUCUGACGACAGUCGCAGCUGAAAGGAUUCUGUGCUGAACUGAGGAAGGUGCUGGUCCCUUUGUUCAGACUCCUCCCAAACCUAAUGGAGAAAGUGCACUUCUGUCUCUGCGGGGAGAAAAGGGCACAGAACCUUUACAUCCAUUAGAAAACCAUUCAUCUGCAUAUCGCCAGUUGGACUGGCUUAGAAUUAGCAUCAGCACUCUCUAGGUCUCCCUACUCUUUAGCAAAGAUUUAAUCCCCCAUGUGAAAUUUGCCACUGUGCAGCACAAGGCCUGUGGCCCACAGGCUUCCAAGAGGCUGAAGCAGCACACACUUUGUGCAGCCUCUGUGUACAGGGUGAAUUUUACCCAAAGCACCGUACUCAGGCUUAUCCAGUGGUGCAAGCAGAGAGGUCCGAUCUGGUACACUGUACCAGUAAGCUAUUUAUAGCCGGUCCAUCAUACUGGAAAGACAC